AUUGAUCAAGUAUCUGCUGCAGGAUUAAUUAUUACUGUGACACUUCUUAAGAAAAAGGCUAAACAUUUUGCUACUCUUUUUGAAUAUGAUGAAGAUUUUCUUCAAUGGUCAAAUAGUUAG